AUGGGCAGCACAGGCACGGGCAGCAACGGGCAGCAACAGGCAGCACAGGCUCGGGCAGCAACGGGCGGCAACAGGCAGCACAGGCACGGGCAGCAACGGGCGGCAACGGGCAGCACAGGCACGGGCAGCAACAGGCAGCACAGGCUCGGGCAGCAACGAGCGGCAACAGGCAGCACAGGCACGGGCAGCAACAGGCGGCAAUGGGCAGCACAGGCACGGGCAGCAACAGGCAGCAACGGGCAGCACAGGCACAGGCAGCAACGGGCGGCAACAGGCAGCACAGGCACAGGCAGCAAUAGGCAGCACAGGCACGGGCAGCAACGGGCGGCAACAGGCAGCACAGGCACGGGCAGCAACGGGCGGCAACGGGCAGCACAGGCACGGGCAGCAACGGGCGGCAACGGGCAGCACAGGCACGGGCAGCAACGGGCGGCAACGGGCAGCACAGGCACAGGCAGCAACGGGCGGCAACAGGCAGCAACAGGCAGCACAGGCUCGGGCAGCAACGGGCGGCAACAGGCAGCACAGGCACGGGCAGCAACGGGCGGCAACGGGCAGCACAGGCACGGGCAGCAACAGGCAGCAACAGGCAGCAACAGGCAGCACAGGCUCGGGCAGCAACGAGCGGCAACAGGCAGCACAGGCACAGGCAGCAACAGGCGGCAACGGAUCAUAUCGCAGUCCACUAAGAGGGCGCUGGAGGUGGAGAGGCAGGAAGCUCAUGCCCUUGCAAAUCGCGUGCUGGUAUUUGCCUUUACCGCUCUGUACCAACCCUUCCUCAGAGAUCCAGUGCCAUGGAGCAGAUCAUCUCGCAUUCCACCAGGAAGGCGCAGGAAAAAAAGCGAGGGGCAGUGUGUGCGGGGGGAGGACGAGGCUGCAGCUGCGGAAGGGCAGUCAAACUAG